AUGGAGGAAGAAUCUGCAAAGGACCUUCUCUUCAAAGACCAGGACUUCUCCUCCGAACUAUUGAGGCAGCUCAAUGUUUUAAGGCAAAACGGGAUGUUGACUGAUGUUACUCUCUGCACUAGCGAGUUUGAAAUCCCUUGCCACAGGAAUGUGCUGGCUGCAAGCAGUCCUUACUUCAAGGCAAUGUUCUGUAACAACUUUAAAGAGAGUUGCCAGGCAAAAGUCGACUUGAAAGGCAUUGACUCCAAUAUUUUGUAUCAGAUUGUCCUUUAUGUUUACACAGGAGAGAUUCUUAUAACACCCGAGAACGUCUUGUACCUAAUGGAGGCCACUUCCAUGUUACAGUACAUUAAAUUGUUCCAGGCCUGCUCCUUGUACCUCCAGGACCAGCUGACUCCUGAGAAUUGCCUGAGCAUGAUAAGACUCUCUGAAAUCUUGAACUGCCAGAAUCUCAGUAAGAAAGCCAAGGAGAUGGCUCUGAAAUACUUUCCUGAAGUAGCCUCUUCUGAAGACCUGAAGGAGCUUUGUGCACUGGAGUUGAUCAAUUACCUUGGGGAUGAUGAGCUCUGUGGUGAGGAGGAACAAGUGUUUGAGACACUCAUGGUCUGGAUCCGGCACGAUCUCCAGGCGCGACAGGGCUAUAUCCAAGAUUUGUUCAAGAAGGUCCGGCUUCAAUACGUCCACCCAACCUUCCUUUUCCACUUCAUUGCCAAUGACUCCCUCAUUCAGUCUUCACCCGCUUGUAGAAGCAUCCUGGAAUCAGCCAGGAGACAGAUGUUUUCAUUAUACAGCACCAGCGCUCCUGACAUUAAACCCAUGUGGCAUGUUCCCCGCAGAUAUUCGUACCAAGAGUUCCUCAUAAUCAUUGGUGGCAGGAAGGACAACCAGACAACAACCAGGGACGUCCUGCUAUAUGACGAGAAGACCAACCAGUGGCUGAGCCUCGCCAAGCAUCCUAUGCGCCUUUACAAAGCCUCUGCAGUGAGCUUGCAUAGCAAUAUCUAUGUGCUAGGAGGGAUGCCUGUUAGCUGUGAGAAAAGUCCAGUCAGUGAUAAUGUUUAUAUUUUCUCCCUCAAGCUAAAUCAGUGGAGGUUAGUUGAACCCAUGCUGGUUCCACGCUAUUCUCACAGGAGCAUAGCCUAUAAGAACUACAUUUUCUCAAUUGGAGGAAUUGGAGAGAACCAGGAAAUUCUGAAUUCCAUGGAGAGGUACGACAGCAUUUAUAACGUCUGGGAGAACAUGGCAAACAUGCCUGUUGCUGUCCUUCACCCUGCUGUUGCAGCUAAAGACCAAAGAAUUUAUCUCUUUGGAGGGGAAGACAUUAUGCAAAACCCUGUCCGUCUAAUACAGGUUUACCACAUAUCCAGGAACAUGUGGUUUAGAAUGGAGACCAGAAUGGUGAAGAAUGUUUGUGCACCAGCAGUGGUGAUUGGAGACCGGAUUAUCAUUGUUGGAGGGUACACCCGGAGAAUAAUCGCCUACGAUACUCAGGCCAACAAGUUUGUUAAGUGUGCAGACAUGAAGGACAGACGGAUGCAUCACGGAGCUGCUGUGAUAAAAAACAAGCUAUAUGUUACCGGAGGGCGCUGUCUGACUGCAGACAAUACAAUCCAAGACUCUGAUUCAUUGGACUGCUAUGAUCCUGAGACUGACACAUGGACUUCGAAGGGGAAACUCCCACACAAACUCUUUGACCACGGAUGCCUUGCUCUUCAGUGCGUUCCCUAUUCCAACCUCCUGUAAAGGAAUCUUGUGUUACUCUGGCCCAAAGGGCCCAAAUUGCUGGGUACGGUGCAUAUGGAAAGUACUAGCAACUGUCCCAAUCAUCUGCCAGUGAAGCAACCAAGGGAGGCAGUCAUCUCCAGGGUGCUGUGUGCAAAAGGCCAUGAAUUCUCAGAUCUAUAUGUACAUACUGCAGCAAAAUGGGAUGUAAUUUGCUGCAAAAUCCCAGAGUACAUACAACAGCCCCACCCUGAGAUCCCUCCUCAGAUUUUACUCAAGCAAUUGGAGUAAAAACUGGACAAGAGCCUCAGGAUUUCACCAAGGGCCUGACUCAAAGACCACUGAAGUCAAUGACAGUCUCUCCAUAGACUUUAACAAUGAGCGUUGGAUCAGGCCCCAGCUGCUGACUACUUAGCACGGAUUGUCUCUAAUCCUGCUGUUUAUAACAGCAAAUGUUUAGCAUUUGAGUCAUUUUAUGGUAAGGGAAAAAUUUCUGACAAAAAAAAUCCCCAAAACUUUCUGUGUAUCUCUCUCAAAUGAGAAAGGAGAUAAAGUUUCCUCUUAAACUUCCUUCUGUUUUGGUCACUGCAAAUUUAAAGCUAUGUAUCACUGCAUGGACAGUUUGUGUUAUUAAGAGAUUUUACUUUGAUCUUAAAGGCCUUUGUAGGUUAAGCCUGUAUUUUUUCAUUGUAGCCAUUAAUCAGACAAUAUAAUCAGUUCCAAGGGCAGUGUUUUUCUUGUGUAGUAAUGUGCUUAUAAAAAUAAUGCAUUUCCUGCUCCUUUUUGAUUAAACACACCUGACAAA